GCCUUUGUGGGUUACACUAAGGGUGCCUCCACCACCUUUCCAGACACAGGCUGACCGACCCCGGCUCCACCAUGAAGCUGACCACUGUUCUCAGUCUGGUUGCCCUGGUCCUCUGCUGCAACUGGGCAUCUGCCCACAUUUGCCCGACUUUCCCAGAAGUGGCCGACAUCCUCUUCAAGGGCACGCCCCCAGGAAUAUCUCGAAGCCAUUCGGUGUUUCCAACCCGAUCAGGCCAUGGAGGAAGCUGGGAAGCUGCUGAAGGCAAAGGUGGACACCCUCUCGGACACGACCAAAAUGGACAUCGGGAGGCUGAUGGAAAUAAUAUUGACCAGAAACUAACGUCCAUCAAGCGUGCUUACUUUGCUGGCCAGGCAUCACUGAACACCAAACUGCUGAACAGCCAGUUCCCCGUGGUUUCCAGUGCAGUGCUCUUCCCAGCCCCCCUCUCUGUCCGUGUCCCCUCAGCUUGACUGCCCCAAAUAAACUGAAAGCAUUUGA